UUUUUGGUAUUUUGCAGAUCCAACAAGUCACGAUCGCUUUACCACGGAUACUACAAACAAUUCUAAAUAAUAUCGAUUUCUCUUUAGUAAAAUGCAAUUUCUGGAAACAACGAAAAUAUAUUUCUUCUUCCUUAUUUCACUGGCAUGUUUAUUUGGAGCAACAACUUCAAUUGAAUGUUAUCAGUGUAACAGCGAAUACGAUCCACGAUGUGGAGACCCAUUUGAUCCAUACUCACUGGGAAAAGUGAAUUGUAGUUUAAAAUAUCCUCUUGAUCACUUGCCAACUAAUGAGCCGGUCCUCUGCAGAAAAACUACUCAGAAAAUUUUCGGAAAAGUACGUGUCGUCAGGGAUUGUGGAUACUUGGUUUCGGAUUUCGAUAACAAAGGAUGCCUUAAGAAGUCGGGCACAUUUGAAGUUCAGAACUUUUUCUGCUCAUGCACCAAUGAUCUAUGUAAUCACGCUGCAACAGUUCCACCUCUCCCAUUUUCUCUAAUCAUUGUUUCGGCACUAUUUGUGCUCAUAAGAAUGAUUCAAUUGCAAUAGAUCUCUUUAGCUAAUUACCAGCUUUAUAGCCGUUCAGAUUAAGUUCAUUAUUUUCCAUAAGUAUCAUUUCACCACCACCCAGAAAGUGCCAACUCAAUAUGAGUUACUUAUGUCAAGCCCAAUCAUCAAAUCAGAGGGGCCGCUGCACAAGUGGACGCUUUCAUACGAAUCCAAAUUGGACAGUUCAUUUUCGCGAUAAAAGUUAUUGGUUUACUAUUACAUACUAUCCCAACGUACAUUCAUACGGUGUUCAUCGUAUUGGGUUUGCUGGGUUAUUUGUAUUCGGUCAUCUAAAACACUAGCGCUUUGGUAGCAACAAUGCGAUUUGCAAUAGGCUAUUUGGUCAAAAUGGGUCAAAAGUCCAACUAACGAAAAUAAAAACCAAAAUAAUACUGUUUGUAAACGUUAAGUUCCGAAUGGAAUGGACACCGCAUGCAAGCAUGGUAUAGCUUUACAACACAAAACUAACCGAAGCCCUGAAACAAAAGCAGUGAAGGUAUGAAAUGAAAUCAAAAGUGAUUUCUAUGAAAGGGAACAAAUGAACCUUGAAAUUAAUUUUAUGCAUAGGGGCGAAAAGAAAUGAAUAUAUACGUAGAUAGAAUUUUUUCGUUUUUUUUUGUUGCUAUUCAUCUCUACCCUUUUGCAUAUGGUCUUCAUAUUAAGCCUGAUAGUACUAUUGUUUGUGAAAUCCAACCCUGUAUCGGAAUUCUAUGACACUCCACAAAAAUCGUUCGACAUAGUUUCAAACGAUCAAUUCGAUUUUGGAAUAUGGGGUAUAAACGUUCAAUUCCCAAAUUGAACAUUUUUUGGGUGAAUAUUCAUUGAAUGUUUAGACCCUCUAUUUCUAAAUCGUAUUUGAUCGUUUUAAAUACGAACAAACUGUUCAGGAUUGUGUCGAAGAAUUCUGGCACUGAUAGUAAGCAAGAAUACCAGUAAAGAACUAAAAUAAAAUCAUGAGAAUAGAUCAUUUAGACAUCGAUAAAUUAGUUGAGAUAAUUAAGGAAAUCUGAGAAAAUCCACCCCGUUUGAACUAAUAACAAGUUAAAUGCUUAAAGUUCGCGGAAUUGAUUCGGGAAAUAAAUUAUUUCAAUUGAAAUGAAUAAUUAUAUAGAUAUUUGUUGGGUAAAUAAAUUCAUUAAAACA